CACGCUUCCGCUUCCGGGUUCGCACCAGGUAAGGCGUGGAAGGGAGGCGCAUGCGUAGUCGCUUCGCUUAGACUGUUGCCCUGCAACACCUCGCGUUCGCGGAGGCCGCGUGGGGACUGGGGACGCCGCGUGCGAUGCAAAUUAUUUAUCAGCUGCUAAGUUGAACCAUGAGUCUUGUGCUUCAUGAGCUGCUUGUUUGCUGCCGUCAACUUGAAAAUGACAAAAUUACAGAGCGAAGGAAAGAAGUUGAAAAAUUCAAACGUCUCAUCCGUGAUUCUGAAACAAUUAACCAACUGGAUCGUAAUUCUGACUCUAAACAAGGAAAACAAUUGAACUGGGAUGCUGUAUUUAGGUUUCUGCAGAAAUACAUCCUGAAAGAAACUGACAGUAUCAGAUUGGCAAAACCAAAUGUAUCUGCCUCAACACAAGCUUCCAGGCAGAAAAAGAUGCAAGAGAUCAGCAGUUUGGUCAAAUACUUCAUUAGAUGUGCUAAUAAAAGAGCACCCAGAUUAAAAUGUCAGGAGCUUCUGAAUUAUGUCAUGGACAUAGUGAAAGAUGCGUCAAGUUGUGCUAUUUAUGGAGCUGACUGUAGUAGCAUACUACUAAAAGAUAUUCUUUCAGUGAGGAAAUACUGGUGUGAGAUAUCUAAGCAACAGUGGUCAGAUCUGCUGACCCUGUACUGCAAAUUGUAUCUCAAACCUUCCAGAGAUAUUAACAGAGUCUUGGUGGCUAGAAUAAUUCAUACACUGAUUAGAGGAGGCUGCUUCCAAACUGAUGAACUAAAUUCCAAUCUUUAUUGCUUCUUUGAAAAAGCACUACGAUGUGCAAGGCAGGAGAACGCCUCUGCAGGUCUGGAUCAUAUUCUUGCAGCAAUUAAUGUCUUCUUCAGUGUGUAUGCUGUGAACUGUCGUAUGCGGAUUUGUAAGCUAGGAGAAGAAAUUCUUCCUACAGUGCUUUAUAUAUGGACUCAGUAUAGACCAAAAGAGUCUCUAAAGGAGUUAAUAAUUCAGUUACUUCAGCUGCAGGUUCGUGUUCAUCAUCCAAAGGGAGCCAAAACACAGGAGAAAGGUGCAUAUGACUCUCCAAAAUGGCAAAGAAUCUUAUACAACUUGUAUGAUCUGCUGGUGAAUGAGUUAAGUCUCAUUGGCAGUAGAGGAAAGUAUUCUUCAGGAUCACGCAACAUUGCUGUAAAGGAAAACUUGAUUGAAUUAAUGGCUGAUAUUUGUCAUCAAGUCUUUACUGAAGACACCAAAGUCCUGGAGAUAACCCAGUCAUACACUGUUACACAAAGAGAGCCUGGAGAUGAAGCUGCACCGAGCAAGCGUCGGAGGAUCGAAUUGAGCUGGGAAAUAAUUCGAGACAACCUGCAAAGAUCACAGAAUGAUUUUGAUGUUAUACCUUGGUUACAGAUUACAGCCCGAUUAAUAUCAAAGUAUCCUAUGAGUCUUCCUAACCGUGAAUUAUCUCCCUUACUCACUAUACUACACCUGCUACUAACUCAGCAGAGAAAAGGGGAAAGGACCCCAUAUGUGCUAAGGUGCCUUACAGAGGUUGCUGUUUGUCAGAGCCAAAAAUUAGAUUUGGAAAGCACACAAAAGUUGGAGCUGCAGAGAAUCUGGGCAAAAGUUUGGUCUCUUACAGUUCGCAGCAUAAGUUUUCAGCAAGUUGAAACAGAAAGUUUUGGGUUACUUGGAGCCAUAAUUCAAGGAAACUUUGUUGUAGUAGACAAAGAACUCUGGAAGAUAUUUUCAGGGUCUGCAUACAAGCUUUCAAGUCCUGCUGCACGUUGUUUGGCGUUAGCAAUGACUGCCUAUGUAAUACCAGAAACUUUGAAAGUAGGAAUGAUGCAGAAUAAUUGUGAAGGAAAUGCAGGGUAUGAGUUAAAAGAAGCAAUAAUAAAAUGGCUACUAUUCUGUCAUUUGGAAGAGAAGAUGGAAGAAUGUAUUGAGUUACCCCCUGUGCUAUGCAGUGAUUUUCCUCAUCUAGUGCUGCAGAAAAUUCUUGUGAGCCUGACUAUGAAGAACUGCCGAGCUGCAAUGAACUUUUUCCAAAAUGCUAUUGAGUGUGUGCAACACACACAAGACAAAGGAGAAGUCAGUUUUUUGGAAAUUGAAGAGCUGUAUCUACAAACAACUUUUGAUGAAAUGGCUAUUUUCACCAGUCUUGCAGUGAACAUUGCAGAUAAAAAUCUAUCUGGUUCAGGACUUGCUGUCAACCAAAACCAUAGGGAAACACUGGAGCACUGUCUGUUAGUGGUGUCAGAGCAGCUUUUAAACAGCUAUUCUUCUGAGAUUUAUUCCAAGUCUACUACUGCAGAACACCUAGUCCGAUGUGCCAGUCUCUUGACUGGUGUUCUUAGCUGCUAUUGCUAUGCUGGCACAUUAACUGAAGAGGAUGCAUGUAAAUCAGAAUUGUUCCAUAAAGCUAAGUCUCUCAUGCAUUAUGUUGGAGAAAGCAUUUCUCAUUCUAAAAGUAAACUAAAUGAAGACUCUAGGAUCAUCUUGUUGAGGACUUUGAUAACCCUGUGUACCAACUGCUUAUGUAAUUGUACCAAGAGCAGUCCAAGUAAGAUCUUAUCAGGCUUAUUCCUGAGUUUGUUAACAUCAAAGGCGAUGAAUGAUUUUGUAGAUAUUUGCAAACAUCUGAUGGUCUUUACUGGCAAACCAAGUGAUGCUGGAGAUGUAGACCUAAUGGAAGACAAUAUUGAAGAGAGUGCAAUGGAAGUAGAUAACCAUGUAGCCAUGGACCGGUUUGAUGAUCACUGUAUCACUGACUUCGGUGAUGCAAAUGAGUCUGGGGAGAUGCAAAACAUAACUGGUGCUAUGAGUCCAUUAGCUGAAGAACAUUUGACAAAGCAGGAUUUACUCCUCCUUGAAAUUCUGAGGUUUUUGUGUCUAUGUGUAACUACAGCACAAAUCCAUACAGUCUGCUUCAGAGCUCCUGACAUACGGCGGAAGCUGUUAAUGCUAAUUGAUAAAAGUAUAUUUGAUACUGCUAAAUCACUGCAUCUACAGAUGUAUUUAGUCCUUUUGAAGGAACUCCCAACUGAAGAAAACUUGUUGCCAGAAGAUGAUCUUCUCAUGCUUCUCAAGCCUCUUUCUGAUGUGUGUUCCUUGUAUCGUCGAGAUCAAGAAGUUUGUAAAGCAAUUCUAAAUAAUCUACUUCCCGUAGCAGUGGGGUUGGGCCAAGCCAACCCAAAUGUGGAAGAAACAGGGGAAGUCCAAGGACAAUUUUUAACUGUGGUGGGAGCAUUUUGGCACUUGACAAAGGAAGGGAGAUGUACGGCUCCAGUAAGAGUGGCCCUACUGAACUGCAUGAAAGCCCUACUUGAGGCUGAUCCUCAUUCAAAUUGGGCUGUGCUUAAUGUAAAUGAUAAAGAUCUGCCUGUGAGUGAUGCUUUCCCACAUUUCCUCGCAGAUAGCUACCAUCAAGUUUGCAUGCUUGCUGCAAAGUCAAUAACCAGUUUGUUCCAAGAUGUGAAACAGAGAGAUUCUUCUGGAUUACCAAAAGCUCUUCCUUUGAAGUUCCAACAAAAGGCCUUUGAGAAUGUAUACUUCAGAGUUCAAGAAGGAAUGAGAGAUCUGGCACGUGGUGGCAUGAGCCCUGAAGACCUCUUUGAUGAGCAGUGUAAUAGAAGAGCAGUUCUUCUGUUGCUGAUAACCAUGGUUUUAUGUUGCAGUCCUGUCUGUGAAAAGCAGGCUUUGUUUGCUAUUUGCCAGUCUGUGAAAGAAAAUGGAUUAGAGCCUCACCUUAUAAAAAAGGUUUUGGAGAGAGUACGAACGUUUUUGGCUAAAAAGUAUAGAAGACUUCAUGACUUCCCAAUAGACUAUCUGGUGCUGGAGUGGCUUGAGAAUGAAAGAUAGUGGAUAUAGCCUAUCUGCUUUCCUUACAUUGUUUUGAACUACUCUAGCCUUGAGGAGUUCUACAGGGCUUGUUAUAAAGCUUUAGUUCCACACCUGGUGAUUAGAAGUCAGUUUGAAGAUGUGAAAUCUAUUGCUAACAUGAUUGAAAAAGACUGGCGGCAGCUCUAGCAUACUGCUUUCCAAAGAUACUUUAAUAUCCUUCCCUAUUUUGCUUAUGAAAGCCAUGGAGAUAGUGAAAUAGCUCAACAGAGAGAUACAGCUUAUAAAGUCUACGACAUGCUUAAGGAUGAAAACUGCUUAGGAAAACAGAUUGACAAUUUGUCUCACAGUAACUUGCCAGAGAUUGUGGUGGAGCUGCUGAUGACCCUACAUGAGCCGGUCAACACCAAGGCAGGAGAAGGAAGUGACCUAAGUAAAUUUACAGGGGAACUGGACCCUGCUCCUAAUCCUCCUCAUUUUCCAUCUUAUGUGAUCAAGGCAACCUUGGAUUAUAUUAGCAGUUGUCAUAAAACCAAGUUAAAAAGUAUUGUAGCUGUACUUUCUAAAAAUCCUGAUUCAUUCCAGAAAAUUCUACUAGCCAUUUGCAAACAGGCAGCUGAUACAAACAAUAUACAAAAACACAGGAUUCUUAUAAUUUAUUACUUGUUUGUUAAUUUGUUACUUAAAGAGAUAAAGGAUGGUUUAGGAGGAGCGUGGGCUUUUGUUCUUCGAGAUAUAAUAUAUACCCUGAUUCACUACAUCAACAGCAGACCCAGUCUUGGCAGAGACAUGUCCAUGCGCAGCUUUUCCCUCUGCUGUGACCUUCUAAACCAUGUUUGCCAUGCAGCAGUUACAUAUUGUAAGGAUGCCCUAGAGAAUCACCUUCAUGUUGUUGUUGGAACGCUAAUACCUCUUGUCAGGGACCAGCCUGAAAUUCAGAAGCAGGUCCUAGACUUGUUGAAGUACCUAGUGAUAGAUAACAAGGAUAAUGAAAACUUGUACCAAACAAUCAAACAUUUAGAUCCUUUUCCUGAGCAUCCUGCUUUUAAAGAUUUGCGUGCUACACAGCAGAAAAUCAAAUACAGUAAAGGAGCAUUUUCACUUUUGGAGGAAAUUAACCAUUUUUUAUCAGUAAGUUUCUGUGAGUCGCUGCCAUUUGCAAGACUUGAAGGAUUAAAUGAUUUACGCAAACAACUGGAACAGCAUAAAGAUCAGAUGAAGGAUCUCAUGAAACAUUUCCAGGAUAUUAAUGCUUUCCUUUUUCUUCUAAAUGGUAGAAAACCCCAGGACUAUGUCAUAGUAAAGUUGGUGGUGAGCUUGCUACAACUAUCCAAGACAGCAGUUAAUCAUACAGGUGAAAGGCAGUUUAGGUAAGCUGUUGGAAGUUGUUUGGGAGAACUGGGUCCUAUAGAUUUCUCCACCAUAACUCUGCAACAUAGUAAAAAUGCAUUCUGUUCCAAGGCAGCUGACUUAUUUGAAGAUAGAGAACUUCAGUGGGUCUUCAUAAUGCUGACUCUAAUAAAUAAUGCUUUAAUAGAUGAUUGUAUUGGUGUUCGAUCUGCUGCUGCUGCCUGUUUGAAAAACAUUUUAGCCACCAAAGCUGGUAAUGAAUUUUGGGAGAUUUACAAAAACAAAGCUGAUCCUAUGUUAAUAUAUCUACAUCCUUUCAGAGUGUCUAGAAAGAAGUUUUUAGAAGUACCAAGUAAUGAAAGAGAGAGUCCUUCAGAAAACCUGGAUGAUGAAAGUGUGUGGAUUCCUCAGAGUGUAAGUCAUGAUACCUGGAUCAAGAAUCUGACUUGUUCAUUACUGGACAGUGGAGGAGUGAGAAAUGAAGUUCUUCAGUUACUGAAACCAAUGUGUGAGGUGAAAACAGACUUUUGUCAGACUUUGCUCCCGUACCUGAUUCAUGAUAUCCUGCUUCAUGAUUCAAAUGAAACUUGGCGAAAUCUUCUGUCCAUGCAUAUACAGAGGUUUUACACAGCUUGUUGCAGAUACUCCUCAUCAUCCAGCAGAUCAACUACACCUGCAAAUUCCAAUUCAGAACCAGAAACCUUUAUUCGUGGAGGUUUAGAUAAAAUAUCUCGACGAACAAUGCUUGAUGUUGUUGAUUACUUGAGAAGUCAAAAGAGAUCUCUUUCAGGUACAGUUUUUGAUGACAGUUUCUGGCUGGAGUUGAAUUACCUUGAGGUUGCUAUGGUAGCACAGUCUUGUGCUGCUCACUUCACAGCUUUGCUCUACACAGAAAUCUACGCAGACAAGAUAAACUUAGACAAACAACAAAAAAGAUCUGCUUUCAAAGCAUCUAAAAAUCUAACAUUUGAAGAAGAAAGCCAAAGUCCAACUAUUAACAGAUUGAGUGAGAAAAGUAAAGAAGAAACUGGAAUAAGCUUACAGGAUCUUCUCAUGGAAAUAUACAGAAGUAUAGGAGAGCCUGAUAGUCUCUAUGGCUGUGGUGGAGGAAGAAUGUUACAGCCAUUAGCUAGGAUAAGAACAUAUGAGCAUGAGGCCAUAUGGGGAAAGGCCCUUGUAACGUAUGACCUUGAAGCAAGCCUCCCUCCAGCUACUCGCCAGGCAGGAAUAAUAGAGGCCUUGCAGAAUUUUGGGCUUUGCCAUACUCUUUCCACCUAUUUAAAAGGCUUGGAAUAUGAAAACACAGAGUGGUGUGCUGAACUGAAGGAGAUUCGUUACCAGGCAGCUUGGAGGAACAUGCAGUGGGACCACAUCUCUUCUGCUAAAGAUGAGAUGGGAAGAUCAGGCUACCAUGAAUCAUUGUAUAAUGCUCUGCAGUCAUUAAGAGACAGAGAAUUCUCUGCUUUCCAUGAAGGCCUGAAAGAUGCCAGGGUGAGCGAAGUAGAGGAGCUGUGCAAAGGCAGUCUUGAGUCUGUGUUUUCAUUGUAUCCCACACUCUGCAGAUUACAGCUCAUUGGAGAGUUGGAAAACAUAGGACAACUUUUCUCCAGAUCUGUUACUAACAAACAACUGAAUGACAUUUAUCUGAAGUGGCAGAGACAGUCCCAGCUUCUCAAGGACAGUGACUUUGGUUUCCAGGAGCCUAUCAUGGCCUUACGGACUGUAAUUCUGGAGAUCCUUCUUGAGAAGGAAAGUGAGAAUUCCAAAAGAGAAUGCAUUAAAGACAUUCUCACCAAACAUCUAGUGGAACUGUCCAAAUUGGCACGAACUGCCAAAAACACUCAGCUUCCUGAAAGAGCAAUGUUUCAGAUCAAGCAAUACAAUCCAGCUAUGUGUGUAGUCUCUGAGUGGCAACUGGAGGAAGCUCAGGUUUUCUGGGCUAAAAAAGAAGAAAGUCUAGCACUGAGUAUUCUCAAGGAGAUGAUCAAGAAAUUGGAUACAAAUUGGUUUCAGGUUGAGAAUGAUCCGAGCCUAAGACUGAUAUACACAGAGUGCCUGAGGUUAUGUGGAAACUGGUUAGCAGAAACAUGUUUGGAAAACCCUACAGUUAUCAUGCAGAAAUACUUAGAAAAGGCAGUGGAAGUUGCUGGGAGCCACAGUGGAGACAGCAGUGAUGAGCUAAAGAGUGGAAAGAUGAAGGCUUUCCUUUCUUUAGCUCGUUUCUCUGAUACUCAGUACCAAAGAAUUGAGAACUACAUGAAAUCCUCAGAGUUUGAAAACAAGCAAGCUUUGCUGAAGAAGGCCAAGGAGGAAAUUGGCCUCCUAAAGGAGCACAGGGUUCAGACAAACAGAUACACAGUGAAGGUUCAGCGGGAGCUUGAACUUGAUGAAUGUGCAAUUCGUGCACUGAGUGAAGAUCGUAAACGUUUCUUGUGCAAAGCAGUAGAGAACUACAUCAGUUGCUUACUUAGUGGAGAAGAGCAUGAUAUGUGGAUCUUCCGCCUCUGCUCCCUCUGGCUUGAGAACUCUGGAGUUUUUGAAGUCAAUGGAAUGAUGAAGACAGAUGCAGAGAAGAUUCCAUCAUACAAGUUUUUGCCUCUGAUGUACCAGCUGGCUGCUCGAAUGGGAACCAAGAUCAUGGGCUGUCUAGGAUUUCAUGAAGUUUUAAAUAAUCUAAUAUCUAGAAUUUCACUGGAUCAUCCACAUCAUACUUUGUUUAUAGUAUUGGCUUUGGCAAAUGCCAACAAGGAUGAACUCUUGGCAAAAUCAGAGGCAACAAGAAGAAACAGACUAACGAAAAAUGUACCGAAAGAAAUCUCCCAGCUAGAUAUGGAUCGGAUGGAGGCUGCCAGCAAGAUAAUUAACAUCAUAAGAAGUAGGAGACCUCAAAUGGUUAGAGGUGUAGAGGCACUUUGUGAUGCAUACAUCACAUUAGCAAAUCUGGAUGCCACUCCAUGGAAAUCUCAAAGAAAAGGCAUAAGUAUUCCUGCUGGCCAGCCUAUUACUAAACUGAAGAACUUGGAGGAUGUUGUUGUUCCCACCAUGGAAAUUAAGGUGGACCCUACUGGGAAAUAUGAAAAUUUGGUGACAAUAAGGUCAUUCAAGCCAGAGUUUCGCUUAGCAGGAGGCCUGAAUCUGCCUAAAAUAAUAGAUUGUAUAGGAUCAGAUGGAAAAGAGAGGAGGCAACUUGUCAAGGGCCGGGAUGACCUGAGACAGGAUGCUGUCAUGCAGCAGGUUUUCCAGAUGUGCAAUACACUGCUCCAGCAAAACACUGAAACCAGAAAAAGAAAACUCACGAUCCGAAGAUAUAAGGUGGUGCCCCUUUCUCAGAGAAGUGGUGUCCUGGAGUGGUGCUCAGGGACAGCUCCCAUCGGUGAAUUCCUUGUGAAUCUUGAAGAGGGCGCUCACAGGAGAUACAGGCCAAAAGACUACAGUAGUACUUACUGCCAAAAGAUUAUGAUGGAUGCACAAAAACAGCAUUCUGAAGAGAAAUACAACAUCUUUAUGGACAUUUGCCAGAACUUUCAACCUGUGUUUCGCUAUUUCUGCAUGGAAAAAUUCCUGGACCCAGCUGUUUGGUUUGAAAAACGAUUGGCAUAUACUCGCAGUGUAGCUACAUCAUCUAUCGUUGGUUACAUACUUGGGCUUGGAGAUAGACAUGUACAGAAUAUCCUGAUAGAUGAGCAAACUGCAGAAUUGGUGCACAUAGAUCUAGGGGUUGCUUUUGAACAGGGCAAAAUCCUUCCCACACCAGAAACUGUUCCCUUUAGGUUAACCAGAGACAUUGUGGAUGGGAUGGGCAUCACUGGCGUGGAGGGAGUCUUUAGAAGAUGCUGUGAGAAGACUAUGACUGUUAUGAGAAAUUCCCAAGAAGCUUUGCUGACUAUCGUAGAGGUGCUGCUCUAUGAUCCUCUCUUUGACUGGACCAUGAAUCCUUUGAAAGCGUUGUAUUUGCAACAGAGACCAGAGGAUGAGGCUGACAUCAACUCCACACUCAAUACCAGUGAUCAGGAAUGUAACCGAAAAGCCAGAGAUGACCAGAGUUUUAACAAAGUUGCAGAACGUGUCCUGAUGAGGCUUCAGGAGAAGCUGAAAGGUGUAGAGGAGGGAACAGUGCUCAGUGUGGGAGGACAGGUGAACCUUCUCAUACAGCAGGCCAUGGAUCCCAAAAACCUCAGUCGGCUCUUUCCAGGAUGGAAGCCAUGGGUAUGAUCCUGAAGUAUCCAAUAGAUUUUAAAGAGUGAAUAGGAAACCUGUUAGAUUUUGGGGGAAGGGUGGCUGGGUCAGCAUUUCAUAUUGAUGUUUCUUAAUAGAAAUACUAUAUCAGAAUCAACUGUGUAGAUUAUAAAGCAGUAGUCCUGAAACAAGUGUUUAAUUUUUAAAUGAUCUUUAUCAGAUUAUAUUGUUGAUCUCCAGAAUUGUGUUCACCAUACACAAAACCCCAAGUGCAGUAUUCUGGUGUUUCUAUACCAUACCAAGAAAAUCUUGUGACCUUCCAGGAAUAGUGAGAUGCAGUGAGAUGGCAUUUACAAUGUUCUUGCAAAACCUUUUUAAAACAUCCAUCUAAUCUUGGAUAUCAGUUAAGCAUCUAGAGCUUGAUUUGUGUAACAUUUAUAGACUAUAUUAUUACCUCUACUGAAUGAAUGAUUUGUAAGCUAAAAGACAUCAGUCACUUAAAUGUGUUACAAAAGAAGAAAAAACACUGUAUCUUAAAGCCGAUGUUGAAGUGAUAUUAGACAAAACUACAAAAAGGGAAAUGUUAAAUAUAAAAGUUUCGCACUAAAAAUAAUUUAAUAUCCAAUGAACUGAUAUAUUGUAUAUUUUAUAGCCUAAUUAGACAGCUGAUGAUCAGAAAAUGGGACAUUGCACAGUAUUUUUUAGAUAAAUGAUCUUUGAGCCAAAUAUAAUAUAGUGCUGCUUUUUGUGCUGCUGUAGCUUAAAUUGUUUUGACACUUUCCUUGUAUAAACCAUGAUUUUUAGCAUUUUAAGUAAUGACAUUAACUUUAUCUCCAACUCACUAUUAAAAUAGACUGAUCCUGGGCUGAAACCUGACAUACAAGGUCUGGUUCAAGAGCAAACUCUCUUGAUAUCUGACAUAAAUAUGUUUUGGAAGCUUUAAAGUUGUAUUUUGAAUGCACAACUUGUUUAUUGAGUGUGUGCAGUUUUACUAGUUACAUUUCAUUGCUUGCCCCUUUGUAAUAUAUGAAACUGCCUACUUUGGUAAGAUAGUCAAUAAGCAUGUGUAAUAGGGAAAUCUGUUCAGUCCAUAGUGUCCAUGUUAUGCCUUUUGAAAUCCUUCCUGAAACAUUUUUUGUUUUAUUUUAAAAAGUACAAAUAAAAGAUACAAAAUCUGACAAAAUUCAGCAAAAUCCUUAAUAUGGACUUUCUGCCUUUUUCAUAGCAGUGUAAGUUAAUGUUGGAGUGUUGGCAAAAUUUAGCAUUUUGCUGACUUAGUUUGCUUUAUUUUUGCUAUUUCAUUGUAAUUUUAAAAUUUAUUUUUUCUACACAUUUUAUUUCAGACUGCUGGUAGAAAUUAAGACAAGUCUUUUUUAGUUUGGUGGUGAUGCAGACACACAUUUCUGUUAGAGACAUGGUGGGUGAGGUAGUAUUUUUUAUUGGACCAACUUCUGUUGGUGAGAGAGACAAGCUUUCUAAUAUACGUUUCUCAGACCUGAAGAAGAGCUCUGUAUGUCUUGAAAGCUUGUCUCUCGUCGGCAGAAGUGGGUCCAAUAAAAGAUAUUACCUCACCCACCUUGUGUCUCUAAUAUCCUGGGACCGACACAUUUACAACAACUCUGUGCAUACACUUAUACUGACACUCAUCAGUCUUGGAUUCAACUUUAAAAUUGCAUCCUAGGUUUUAGAGUAAGGGAAGAGUGAAAAUGACUCCCUUUAGGGGGACAGUAGUUUGUAGCUACACCUCAGAAUUAAACAUGUCUGAUGGGACAAGUGCCCCACUAUACUGAAGUAUUAAUGACAUCUAGGAAAAGGAGAAGGGUCUUGUCAUGCAACUGUGGGAUGGCAAGCAGUAGGACACUGAGCAAAAAGCCUUUGGCCAA